GAGUGGCAUGGUAACACACAAUUCCCCCCUUCAAGCAACAAUCUAAUUACGUUAUAAAAAAAAUCUCUCUUUCUUUCUUCGUAAGAAUAUCAAGAAAAGAAUAGUAUGUUGAUUGGCAAUCGACGAAAGCCACAAAUGCAGAGAACGACAAGCAUAACGAGGAUCACCGUCGAGGUUGAAGAUGAUCAGACCGCCGGCCAAGAUUCUGACAUGGCUAUGGCGAUGGUAGACGGCGGAGGAAACUACAAUCAGCGGUUCUCGGGGAUGUUUUCGCCGGGAAAUAACCAAAGCGAGAGAAAAGACGACAGGAAAUCAUCGUUGUCGUCAUCGUCGUCGUCUACUUUUCUUGGAAACUGUGGCUUUUGCAAACGCCGAUUAGCUCCGGGUCGUGAUAUUUACAUGUACAAAGGAGAUAUAGCGUUUUGUCGCGUGGAAUGUAGAGAACAGCAAAUGGAGCAUGACGAAGGCAAAACCCGAAACAGCGUCGUACUAUCACCAUCAAACUAGAUAUAUGCAUCUUACUAUUAAGUUUAUAAGUCAUUA